AUCCGGUUCACUGAACGUGACUGUUUUGGCCCACGAACAAAUACGUGUCCCUCCUUUUUACGUCAGUGCAAGACACUAACCAAUUUCCCGUUGGCCAUUCCUAGUGGGCCCAAUCGCAACUUCUAGUAAAGCGGGACCACACACAUUAACAACAAGAACCAACAGUGGCCUAAUAUACACACAUCCAUAAAAUAUAUAGCACUCUUCUCCUAUGAAUAUCCAUAAAAUAUAUAGCACUCUUCUCCUAUGAAUAUCACAUUUCAGCUCCCCAAACAAGCACCCCAUGCGAUGUGAUCUAGAGAGAUAGUGAUGGAAUAGAGAGAGAAACAUGAGAGGCAAAGGAGGAAGCUGCAUAGCAAGAUCUGAAGAGUACUGUGCAAAUGAUGAUAAGUUUAUAAUCAAUCAUAUAAUGCUCCGUUACCGGCCAAUUGCACCCAAGCCCGCCGGUGGUGAAGUGUCAAUGCCGGAGAACAACAAGGCGGUCACUCCAAAACGUAAAAGAACAGAGAGGAAGUACUCUACCGUUAGAAGGAGUAAGAAAAGAGCUACGGCUGCUACAGAUUGCAAAAAUUAUGAAGAAAUGGCUGCAAAGAAGGGAUCACUUGUGACGCUACAAUUGUUGCCAGAGAAAUCAGUCGGCAAGGGUAUUUUAGAGGGAGGAUCUUCGGGUGGUCUUGAUCCUACCGGAAUUACAAAAAAAACACGUGAUGAUCAAGAUCCACCAAUCUGCAGGUUGAACUCAAUGAAUAAGAAUGUAGUAGUGGGAGCUUAUGGUGGGUGUGGGUCAGAUGCAGAGGAUCUGACAGCAAUGAGGAGAGUGGUGGAGUCAUGGGUGGUGGUGGAAUGCGUGACGGAGACAAGCAUGGACGGGAGAGGAUUAGGGUCAUCGGACAUGGAGAAGGUGAUGAAUCUGGAGGUGGACGCGUGUCCGGCGUUGGUGUCGGAUGGGUUAAACAGGGUGCAGUGGGUGAAUGAAGCUUAUAAGGAGAUGGCGAUGGAAGCAGCAGGAGGAGGGUGCAUGCAUAUGGUUUGGUUGGUGAUUGAAAGAGGAGAAGUGUUUGCCCUACUUUUACCCAGCGUUUGCAUGCAGAGUGAGAGUUGAGUACACGUGGCGUAACCACAAAUGGUCAAGGACUGUGCCAUGUGAUGUUUGGAGGAUGGAUUUUGGAGUGUUUGCAUGGAAACUGGACGUUAAAGCUGCACUAUGUCUGGGCCGUUGAAGUAAUUCACAUACAACUUAACCAAUAUAACAACCUAAUCAAUCUAUAAUGAGGGAAAGAGAUGAACCUCUUAAAUUACUCCGGUCAUGGGGAAUCGCCAAACGAGUAGAAAUGUACACUACUCUUGAUGAAGUUAACGAUAAUGUAUUAAAGUUGAGUUUGUGGUACAAACUCCAAUCCAAAAUUAUGUUUCACUAGUAGUAGGGGAACGCAAAGUUCUUUGGAUUUGGAAUGACCAUGAUGUAUGUAAGCAAGAUAUGGUUGAAGCAUAAAGUAGAUUUUUCUAUAUGGAUGUGGGUUUUGAAUCCUAAUCCAAAACUUUGAAACUGUUCAAAUCAAUUUGAUUUUGUGCCAAAUAUUGCUCUCAGGGGAGUUCCGAUCAGACUAUAUAAUACAAGUUCGGUGACUUGGGCACCUGUCAACAAUCAAAAGCAUGACACCCAACCGUUGAAUCUCACCAGAAUUAUAUCCAUUUCUCUGGCUGCAGAUACAAGCACAAUUCCUAAUGAGAGAUGAAAUUGCAUUCUAUCUAAC